AUGACACUCACAAUCAACAUUCGUUCCUUGCGACAAUAUGACACCUCGACCUCGGCCUCAACCUCCGACCCUCGCAUCUCAUUAUCCAUUCUCGUCGUCUCCUUUUUCCUGAUCGACCUUGUACUGCUUCUAUCAUGGCUAAUAAUUGUAUACCCCUACUUCUACAGCCCACUCCGCCACCUCCCCCGACCAAAGGGCGAAAUCCCCCUCCUCGGCCAAUUCACACGCCCAAGCACCAAGCCCAUCGGCUCAACGCACCUGCAAUGGGUCAAUACCAUCCCAAAUGAUGGCCUGAUAACCUACCGCAGCAUCCUAAACCAAGACCGCGUCCUCCUCACAUCGCCUAAGGCCAUCGCCGAGGUUCUCGUAAGCAAUACAUACGCAUACACGAAGCAUCCGAAUGAGCGAUCUGUCAUCCGAAGGUUUCUGGGAAACGGGCUGACUAUCUCGGAGGGUGCGGAGCAUCGCUUCCAGCGGAAGAUCAUGACCCCUAUUUAUGCCGUGCGGAAUGUGAGGGGGUUUUAUGACGUGUUCUUCAAGAAAGGGUUAGAUUUGGUCGAGGCUUUGGAAAAGAAUGUAAUGGGGACAUCGGACGGUACUACAUGCGAGGUUGAAAUAAACCAAUGGGCCAACCGAGCGACAAUGGAUAUAAUCGGGCUAGCUGCGCUGGGAAAGGAAUUUGGAUGCCUUGACGGUGCGAAGAGCUUACUAUUCGACACGUACCAGGAGAUCUUCACCUGGGCUCCUGAGAAGGAUGUUUUUAUGGCGCUGAAUCGGGUUCUGCCGAGGGGGUUUGUACAAUGGUUGCCGUGGAAGGUUAACGAGAGGAUUGACGUUACGAGUGCAACGUUGAGAGGGAUUUGCUGGGGGCUUGUGAGGGAAAGAAUCGAUGAGUUUAGAGAGAGCGAUGGGAAAGGUGAGGAUUUGGUGGCGAGGAUGAUGAGGAUGGGGAGCUGGGAGGCGGAGGGGUUGGUUGAGCAGUUGCUUACUAUUAUUGCCGCUGGUCAUGAAACGUCAGCGUCUGCAUUUACGUGGGCCUGCUACCUCUUAGCCCAGAAACCGGCGGCUCAGGACCGACUUCGAAGUGAGGUAAUAGGAGUAUUACCCGCACUAUCUACACAAAACCCAGACGCAGACUCUAUCGCAGCGAUCCUUGAAAACUUACCCUAUCUCAACGCAGUCUGCAACGAAGUCCUCCGCUUCAUCCCCCCGGUCCCGCUCAUCCGCCGAGUCGCCACAAUUCCAACAACCAUACUCGGCCACGCAAUCCCACCAGGGACGCAAGUCCUCCUCUGUCCUUAUGCAGUAAAUCGCAGUCCGGAACUCUGGGGUCCCGAUGCCGGAGAAUUCAGACCAGAACGCUGGAUCAGCGCUGAGACAGGCAAGGCGAACAACGAGGGCGGCAUGGGGAGCAACUAUGCGAAUUUGACAUUCUCGCACGGGCCCAGGAGCUGUAUCGGACAAGGCUUUGCGAAGGCGGAGUUGAGGACAUUGGUUGCAAUUUUUGUAGCGAGGUUGAGGUUUGCGUUGGCGAAGCCAACUGAAGACGUUGUUCCUGUAGGGAUUGUUUCAGUGAAGCCGAGGGAUAGGUUGGUUCUGAGGCUUGACAGGGUCUGA